AUGGAUCUUCCUCCCUCUGGACCUCAGACCAGCUCCUACGUUGCGUCCAACGGAAAUCAUCACAACGCCUACUAUGGGAACUGGCCUGAGAGAUCUCAGAUGUAUCAGGCGUUGGCCCCUCGAAGCAUGAACUCGGCUAACUGGCGAGGUCCUCGCCCAUCUAUCGAAUCCAUCACUACUGGCGUCAACAACUACUCGCUGGCGGGUCCCAACACCUCCCCAGGUGCCUCCAACGACGCCCCUGUCAGCAUCUCGGACUGCCUGAAUGGAUACGCCUACUGCGUGCAGCGUCCUGACGGUAAAUACACCAGACUUGUCCCCGCCGACAUGCUUCCGGCCCUCAACGAGGUUCCCGCCAAGCAAGCCAGCGCUCAAGGCAUGGUCCUCCUGCCGGACCUCCACAUGCAGCCACCGCAGGGCGUGGCCAAGAUGAACCAGCCCAUGACUGUCAAGAAUCGUAUUGAUCGUAUUGUCGCCACUUCGCCUGCUCAGCAACGAAGAACCAAGAUCUACUGCGACAAGUGGAUUCACGACGGUACCUGCGCCUUUACCCAGCAGGGUUGCAAGUACAAGCACGAGAUGCCCUUUGACAAGGCGACUCAACAGUCUCUCGGCCUCUUCCAUGGGUUCCCCAAGUGGUGGAAGGAUCUCCAGGAGGACCUUCAGAAGCGCCACAACAAGGAGAACCCAGCUCGCCGUCCACAAUCGGUUCUGCAGCAGGACUGGCGAGGGGAGAGCAACGAGGACACGCCCAGCCCAGCCACUGCCCAGGCCCCCAUUGGAGCUGAGAGACAGACCAAGGCUAUCAAAGGCCGUCGUCACUCUCCCCCAAUCAACGAGAAGCCAAACUGGGUUCCUAUUGAACCUCAGAGACCUGGCCCUGACGGGGACUGGGUCAUCACUCCAUCAGCCCUCAAGGCGUGGGCUCACGGCAGAGACAACUCCUCUCCCCGCUCUUCUGCGGGCUCGGUUGAAAACAACUUUAUCCACUAG